UGAACCGAUCUGAACAGACCAGCGCAAGGCUGUUUUAUACAAGUUGAGAAAGUACAGGCUACUAUGGAUGGAGUAACUAAUCACAGCUGGAAUAACUACUCAACUGACCGACCUGCGGACUCUGUGGUUGUGAAAGAUACAACAAUAUCUCCAGUUCUACUCAUAGUUAUAUCUGUUGCUGGAAUGCUCACUAACGUGUUCAUCUUGUCUGUUAAUUUUCAUUCCUGGAUAAAAGGCCAAAGCUUGAACCCAAGUGACCUCUUACUUGUUACCCUGGCUUUCUCCAACUUGGUCCUUCCAGUCACAGCCGGUGUCUGCACCAUAUACUUUGGUUUCAUCAGUUGUGGGGUCAUUAAUGAUUAUCAGUUCUUUGUGCAAACUUCUAUCAUGGUGUAUGUGCUCUUGUCCAAUUCCUGGCUCAGCGCCUGCCUGUGUUUCUUCUGCUUUGUGAAAGUCACUAACUUUAAGCCUGGUUACCUGGCACGGAUCAAAUCCAAGAUAAACACCCUGGUGCCAAGGCUGAUACUGGGGGCUCAAGCGUUCUCCAUCUUGAACUCUAUAUUUUACAUGGUGACAUUUUUUACCGUCAACGGUGAAAAUUCACCAAUACCUUUUUUGACAAAUGAGACUUCAAGUACUACUAAGGACAGUUUAGGCACUUUUUACAAUGCAUUUUUCUUGCUCAAUUGUAAUAUUCCAUUCUUCAUUAUAGCGGGGACCACCAGCCUUAUCAUUGCCUCGCUCUACAAGCACACUCGUCGUAUGCAACGGAACAUGGGAGAGUUUGGUGGCCCCGGGCUGAAAAUUCAUCGAAGAGCAGCACGUACAAUGGCAUCUUUUCUUAUUAUUUAUCUUUGUUAUCAUGGUUUAUCACAGGGGAGUAUCAUAUUUCUAAGCAGGCAGUUGUUGUACUGGGUUAACUUUGCGUUGGGUUGUGCUUUCUCCCUGACUCAGUCCAUCGUUCUAAUCACGGGGAACUCCAGGCUCGGGCAGACCUGUAGGAACAUACUUCACAGGUGUAUGAAAAUAUUAAGCAGAGAGGAAAAUAUAUCCACUGUGGGCACCUAA